GCCAGAAAUCCCAGCUUGGAGACUCUGGGUGAUCGCGUUGAGCAACCGGGAGAAAUGUUAGCGGCUCUCUUGAUUCCCCUAGCCUGGAUAUGCCACACGGCGUGUGCUGCGCCGAUCGUCACCCAGCCGAGCGAAUACGUGGAUGGCCUUCUGAAGUCGCUGAAGGACGAGUUAACCGAGGCGAAGAGAAAUCAUUUGAUCUUGAAAACUCCCCGCGAAUUCACGCAUCACAAUGAAACGACGAAGAAAACGAUCGAGGUCUCGGUAUUCCGAGCCUACGUCGAUGGAAUGGGAACAUUGGAAAGAGCGGACAACUGCAGUGUGACGCGUCCCUCCAAGGACUCCAAGGAGACGAUCGAAUGCUUGCUUAUCUCCCCAUCAGCGACUUUGACAGCCCUUUCUCACAUCAAGGGAGAAACAGACCCCAUGGUCAAAUAUCAGGCCUCGAUGCACAAAAAAAUGUUCGUGGUCACGAUCGAGAGAAAUCCCGAUGGUACCGCGCAAUUGGAGGAUUUCCGUUCGAGUCCCCUCGCGCUGACUCAUUUGGACACGGCAAUCGCAAGGAAAAUGUCAUCGCAGAUACUCUCCCAAGUCAGGGACUGGGUGGACGGGGGCAUAUCCGAAUCAAUCGGAUCCAUCAAGGAGACCCUCAGUGAAAUCGUCGAGCGCUCCAAAUCUCCUGGAGUAGAGCAGAUGUCGCAAAGCCCAGUGGAGGCUGAGAGUCAAGGGGUCUGAUCGCCCGGACCUGACAGCCCGCCUAAAAGUCGUUAUCGUUCUCCUGGUCGGGAACAAGCUCCGGGAUUUUCGCGAACAUCAACCUCGCGAGCCGGAAUUCUUCGAGUUUUCAAAUCUCCUUCCGGUGCAGAGAAUCUUCUUUCUUCAUAUCGACUACCCCAAGGAACUUAUCGACAAGAAUAAAACUGUCCUUGUCUCGUAUUCCUCUCCA